UCUCUCCCCUACCCUCCUAAAUGAAGCCAGGAAAGAAUGCCCAGAGUCACCGCCAACUGGUGGGCGCACUUUUCCUUUAAGGCUGCCUUUGACGUUGCACGGGUUCCAGAAGGUUCUCCCGGGAUUCGGGCAGUGGCCAGUACGUCCCACGUUCUCAAACCGGAGAUUGGACUAAAAUAGUUGUCCCCCGACUGGGGUCUGAGCCCCACAGACCAACCAAUAAAAUCAAAGGGCGCGUGGAGUUCCCGCCCUCUGUCCCUUUUACCAAUGACACGACGAGAUAGCGAAGAGGUGUGGUUGAUUGAUCCCAAAGUGCACCAAUCAGACCCACACCAAUCACGGCCCGGAAUGUGUGCGCGUGUGGCCGGGUGACAGGGGCGGAGAAUGGGCGGCUACCACAGAGCCACUCGUUGAAAGCUGUCCAAUUACAGCAGAGGCUGAGCUGAGUGACGGGCAGACGGCGCAAUGGGCAGCGCGGAGGCGGAGCUGUGGGGGCGGGUUCCCGGGCCCGCUGGCCGCCGGCGGCGGGCGGGCGACUCCUGUCCCGAGUGGAGGCGGCGGAGCCAGAGCCGGGGGAGGGGGCAGCGGCUGUCUGACGGACCGCGGCGGCGCCCGCAGCUCCUCACUGAAACAAGGACACCAGUGCCGGUCCAGUGGCUGUGAUGGGAAAGGAUUACUACAAGAUUCUUGGGAUCCCCUCGGGAGCCAAUGAGGAUGAGAUCAAGAAAGCCUAUCGGAAGAUGGCCUUGAAGUACCACCCAGAUAAGAACAAAGAACCCAACGCUGAGGAGAAGUUUAAGGAGAUUGCAGAGGCCUAUGACGUGCUGAGUGACCCUAAGAAACGGGGCCUGUAUGACCAGUAUGGGGAGGAAGGCCUGAAGAGCGGCGGCGGUUCAUCAGGGGGCUCCAGUGGCUCCUUUCACUACACCUUUCAUGGGGACCCCCACGCCACAUUUGCCGGGCUAGGAUAG